AUGGCUGCUUACUGGCCCUCGACCAUUCUUCAAGCUUCAAACGGGGAUGUUAUGGAAGUCUUUUUCAACUACAAGUCACCCGGAUUUCAAGAGCCCAAGAGAGUCGGUAUCACAGCUUCCCCUGGCUCCGCGCUGGCCAUUCUACCCCGAGAAACUACCCACUCCGCUGGCGAUCAAACCGCAGCGUCUAGUGCGCGUAUUGUCUACCGCGAUACCACUGGACGCCUGAAGAACUUUGACCGAUCCUCAGGCGGCCAGUCUCUCACGUCUUCGGGCGAGAUUCCCGUUACGGUCGAUUCAAACUUUACGAUGGCUGCCUUCGCAGUCGCGAGGGGCGAAGUAGGCGGGCAGAAGUCAACGGCCGUCAACACAUGGAUCUUGUAUCAGGAUUCCAAAACUGGAAAGAUCUCAUACGUUUAUGAGAAAGACUCUGAGGGGUGGAAAGGCCCAGAAACGGAUCCGGUAUUCGAAGGAGCUGAUAGCCCAACCCACCUCGCAUGCAUCACGGCUGCAUCAUCCACGAUCCCCGAGGUCCCAUUGGAGGCGGCACACGAUUUGAGCCAUUGCUUCUUUCAAUCCGGACGCAAGUUGAAACAUGUCCGCUUUGAUGGCAGUUCGUGGACGGAUAUGGGCUUCAUACCCAUACCUUGA